GGAGGAGACGGCGGCCUGGCUGACCUUUUCCCAAUCAAAUAUUUGGAAGUUUUUUUUUUUGGAUUAAUAAUAUUUGGAAGUUCAGUAGGACUGAAAUUAUAUAAUUUAAAUUUUAGUAUUUAAUAAUGAUAAUAUUAUUAUCAUGCGAUUAAGAUAAACAAACAUAACAAAGACGUUCUUUAUUAAACCCUCCCCUUCCUUCUUCCUAAACCUCUCUCCUCCCUCUCCUCUCUCUAUCUCUCUCUCUCUCUCUCUCUCUCUUUGCCAUCACAGAAAGGUCCAACUGAGCUUGCCGGCGUCACCAGAUGCCGAUUGAAACCCCCGUUAAGAAUGUGCUUGCACGCGGUUGAUGUUAGUAUUGCUUGAGACUUGCAUAAGAGCAGCAAAGGUGGUGUAAAUGAAAGAAGCACUGGUAAGGCGGUGUAAACGAAAAUAUUGGUGUUGCUCAAGACUUUUGUGUUUUAAGUGCUAAAGAAUAGGUACAGUUUGGUGGUCGUGAUGGAUUUUAAAAAACUCAAAAGUAUGAAUUGGGUAGGAAACAUUUACCAGAAAUUUGAAACAAUCCGCCAGGAGGUGGAUGGUAUUGUGAAUCAGGACUCAAUUAAAUAUGUUGAAAACCAGGUGCAGACUGUGGGUAAAAGUGUGAAGAAAUUUUCUAGUACCGUCCAAGAUUUACUUCCUAUGGUUAGACAGAAAUCUGCCAUUAGUGUUAAGUCGAGGGAAAAUGUAAAGGAAAAUUCUUUGGAUGUAACUGCAAACCAAUCACCUGGAGAGCCCAAUGUAAAGGAUCCUGUGAGAAACCAGCUGAGUCUGGUCUCUACGGAAAAUGACCUUGCAGACCAGCCUAAUCCUCCAACAAUGAAUACUCUUGAGGUGUCGGAAUUAUCUGUGGGAAAGAUCGAUGAAGUUUUGGCAGAUGAGAAGUCUUUAGUUGCAAUUGAAAAGCAAUCUCCUACAGAGCCCAAUGUAAUGACUCCAGUGAAAAACCAGCCGAGUCUUGUCUCUAGUAAAUAUCACCUUGCCGAUCAACCUAGUUCUCCAACUUUAAUAGAUACUGUUGAGGUGCCAGAGUCUGACUUAUCUGUGGGAAAGGUUGAUGAAGUUUUGACAAGUGAAGGUCUUGUAGAUGCGACGGAAAUAAAUCACCUACAAAUCUCAAUGCAAUGGAUCGUGGGACAGACCAGCUGAGUGUUGUCUCUAGUACGUAUCACCUUCCAGAUCAACCUAGUUCUCCAACUUCAAUGGAUACUCUUAAGGUGUCAGGGUCCGACUUAUCUGUGGGAAACAUUGAAAACUCAUUAGAUUUAACAGAAAAGCAAUCGCCUAUGGAGCCCAAUGUAAUGAAUCAUGUGACCGAACAGCUGAGUCUUGUUGGCAGGAAAUCUUACCUUGCAGAUCAAUCUAGUUCUCCUGCUGCAGUGGAUACUCUCGAGGUCUUAGAGUCUGAAUUAUCUGUGGAAAAUACUGAUGAAGUUUGGACAAAUGAAAAUUCUUUAGAUGCAACUGAAAACCAAACACCUACACACCCCAGUGUAAUUGAUCCAUACCAGCCGAGUCUUAUCUUCAGUAAAUAUAACCUUGCAGGUCAACUUAGUUCUCCAGCUUCCUUAAAUACUCUUGAGGUAUUGGAGUCUGACUUGUCGGUUCCAGAGUUUGAUGACAUUUCACCUGAAUCAGUAGCAGAAGGCACUUCCAGAACUGCAGAGUUCAUGCCUCUGACAGUACCAUCUAGAAAGAAGCAAGUUCAAAUCUGCGACUCUGUUCAGUAUGAUGCUCUUAAGCCGUCUUUAGAUAUUGGUGUGGCAGAAUGUGCAUUUGGAAGUUCAGAUGAAUCAAGUAGUGAUUUUUCGCGCUCUUCUAUGGAGACCAUCGAUUUGCAUGAUAAGGUAAUGCUGGAGGAGAGCUGUGUCAUUGUAGAUGAUAGCGUACUGCACGCUGUCUCUAGCAGGGCAAGAAAACAAAGAUCAUACAAGAAAAGAAUCCAGGAUGCUUUUACAUCAAAGAAGAGGUUGGCAAAGGAGUACGAACAGCUAGCAAUUUGGUUCGGAGACAGUCAUAUAGAAACCAGCCAACAAACACUCUCUAACGUGAAAAGUUUGGAAACUGAUGAUGCUUGUGAUUCUGAAUGGGAGCUCCUGUAAAUAUGAACGUGUCCCUGUAAAUAUUUCGACGGAGUGAUUGAAGGGCCGCUUGCCUUUGCAGGUAAAUAUGGUGAGAAUUAUACCAAACCGCAUAUUUAUAAAUCGAGGAUGAUUCCUCGAUCUCAUUGUUGAAAUAUACAAAAUAAACUAGUUCAAAAUUAUAGUAUUGAGUUCUAGCUGUUUA